AUGGUCACCCCUCAUACACCACGAUCACAGAACUCACAAAUACUGCCGCCAGAUACAAUUCCAUUCGCUCGUCAUACCUCACAAGCUGAUCAUCGCACGGAGGAUCUGAAACUAGGCCGCAUUACUGUUCUCGCUGAAUUGGGAUGGUAUCUGCAGGUUCCGUUCGAUUGCCUAGUGAAAUAUGUUGGUACCAUGCCGCCUCAGCAAGAUCUGCAGCGAAUACGCAACAACUUGACUAAUACAGAGAGCAAGAUUCUCACCGACGACGAGAGUGGCCUGCGAUGGACGGACUUUACCCCACCUGCCAAAUCGAAAGGGUCCGAAGAGAAUGUGUUUAAGCCCCUCGGUCGCAUCAUCUCUGAAAUUUUGGCCGAAGUCCCGGAUCGUGGAGUAUCAUUUCUAACAAACCCAAACGGAACACCCCUCUCGCAGCGCAACAAUACUUCCAGGCCUGAUGGAUAUCUUAUCCAUUGGUUCGACAUUGCUGUGCCAUUCGAGUUCAAGAAGGAACAGGAUACCGAGUCUCUCCGAGACGACGAACAGAAAAUAAUCUGGAGCCUCCACAGCAUCAUGCGGGAGGAUCCCUGUCGGCGGUUUGCAUUUGGUAUCACAAUCGAGAACACGCAAUUGAGACUGUGGCUCAGCAAUCGUGCGUGCCUCGCAGUUACAGAACCUAUCAACUUCUUCGAGAAUAUCGACGGUGUUAUCUCUCUCUUUUACGCUCUUGGAUCAGCGUCUGCGUCUUCUACUAUGAAUGAGCUCGGAUGGGACCCCACUGUCGAGCGGAUCCGUGACGGGAAGGAAUUCCGAUAUAAGUUCACCGUCGGGGACGAAGUGUUCACCACGACGCGGGAACUUGCAACCUAUGGCGCAGACUCUGGGUGGGCGUGGAACUCGCGUGUACGAAGCCACGGACGCUGGGGGAAAGAAGGUCGCCAUCAAAGAUUCAUGGAGAGAAGUUGGACGUCAAUCAGAGGGCGAGAUACUAGAAAACAUCUUGGCUUCCUGUGCGGAGAAGCUGCAAGCGGAGGAGAUGUCAUAAUCGACGAUACCCCAGACGUGACGCUGGACCCGCUGGUUGGAGAAGAGCAUGAUCGUACCUGGAAGUGGGUGUCCAUCGAUCUCCAGCCCAUCCUCUCCGCAAGACCACAUUUACCUAGCGCAGGCGAUGUACCCGACUCUGGUCGACUGUCUGCCUUUCUUCCCACACAGUUGGGCGGUAUUGCGCGAAACGACACCGGCAUCCCACGCAGAGUCCAUACUCGCACUGUUUUCCAUGAUGUUGGAGUCGCUGUGAAGGAUAUCACCUCUUUGGCCGACAACCUGAGUUGCUUGUCUGGCGGACUUAAGGCACUGUAUUAUAUGCACAAAGCAGGCUGGGUUCAUCGCGAUUUCAGCGUCGGGAACGCAAUUUGGGUCGUCGAUGACAACGGGGGAAUCGGGAAAUUGGGUGACUUCGAGUACGCGAAGAAGAUAGAUUCGCAUACUUCUCAUGAUGUUCGAACGGGGACAAUACAUUUCAUGGCGGUGGAAGUAGAAAUUCAGCAGUACCAUUUCUGGCCAGAAACUUCCGACCCCUCAUCAUCUGGUAGAGAUUCUCCUGAUACAGACCUCCCACUCGACCCUCCAUUUUGCAUGAAUUUCCUGCACGACAUCGAAUCCAUAUGGUGGGUUUUUACCUGGAUCUUCUUUUAUCACACGGACACGGACACGGCGAGCGCCAACCAUUCCUUUGAUGUACAAGGUCAGUGGAAACAUUUCCAGUUGGCCUUCCCUGGUACGGUCGGCCACAUAUCACGCCGGGACUUCUUCACCAAGUAUAGAGUACUUAAAACCACCUGCAAGAAUUCCCUUUCAAAGACAUGUCGUGAUGUUUGCAGGCGUCUUCCCCAUUUCGCAAGAACUCUCCGAAAUGGCUAUCGAAGGGCGGAGGCAGAACAUCCCUUGCUAGCGCUUGACGCCACUCUUCUGCAAGAUAUGCACAAAGAAGCUGCAGGAUAUCUCGAUUAUACGCAACAGUGUGCUAGUGGUAUAGAACUUUGUCCGCUCCCCAACCUCCUGAAGCAGAAGAGGCCCAGACCGGGAGAUGAAACAUCGCCUCCGCCAAAGAAGAAGCCUCGACAUAGUUGAUUUUUUUUAUUGUUCGUACGAGAAAGAACCAGCUUGGCGUCUCGUAGUUGUGACCUUGUAGUUGCC